AGAGAGCAGGACAGACAAACCCUUAUAGUCGGGGAUUGUCGUGUCCGUUCAACAAAAGUCUCCAGAAACCGGCGAACUGUGAGAACAGCUCCGGUGAAGUCGAUUUGGGAGUAGAAGACGAGUGUUCAGUUCAGCGAGAUCGGAAAGAUGUAUGAUGUGAUGUUGGAUGAGGCGAACUUGUGGCAUCACGAACACGAACAGGUUGAACCACCUCUCCGUAAGCGGAAGAUCGAAGAAGCUCCUCCACCUUCACCUGUCGAAGACGUUUAUUUCUCCGACGAAGAAGAUCCUGAGGAACAAGAAAAGUAUCGUCUUCAAGUUGUUGAGUCUUGUGGAUUUGAUGUUGAUUUCUGCAACCAUACGUAUAAUGGGAUAAUGCCGGGUGGAUGUAGUCCCUAUGACAAACUCUUUGCAAAGGCUGGACUCCAUUGUUACAAUCUUGAAAAGGGAAAGAAGUUAGAAUUCAAGAGUCUAGUCAAAGUUAACUCAGAAAUCGGUUCACUUUACAAUUCUUACUCAACCUCUGAGGUGAUGGAUCCUAUCAACAACUCAAUUCACACUUUCCAAACUUUAGUGCCAGGUACUCGUCACAAAAAUAUGCAGGAUCAAGCCUCAAGUGCCAGGCAUGGGAGAUGCCACUUGCUUUUGGGACUUGGAUGCUAUAUAUGACUUCUAUAAAGGUGAUAUGCCAGAUUGGCCACCGAAUGAUGAUAAGUUACAGUUCUAUGAGGUGAAUGAAUUAGAGUUGCGAGACAAUGAAUGGCUUCAUCUAUACGCCGAAGUUGCAUUGUUCUCCGAGUGGGCCGAUGACCUGAGUUCUUACAUGCCAUUUGAGAUGAAGAAAGUAGUGGUACAAACAACAGGAGAUGUAGAGUCGAGUAUGAAGCUCAAGUCGAGUAAUGCGAUCUUCUAUAUGAGCUUCAAGAUUCGUGGAGGUCGCGAGUGCAGUGGCAUAGUAAGAAGAACAAGUGAUGGAAAAACAGGACAUAUGUGCCUUGAAGCUAGAUGCUGGAUCGACAAGUAAUGACACUAGCUAGUAAUCUGAUAUUUUGUGGUCUUUUUUUUUGUUGUUUAUGUAUUGAUCUUAUGGUAAUAGUAAUUGUGCACCCAAAUUUUUACCUUACAAAAUUUUCAGGUUGUAAUUAUGGAAAAUUUAUGUUAGAUGCA